AUGUUCUCCUGCUGUGUCCCGACGUGCUGCCGACCUUCUCGUUGCAGAAGAGGCCAAAACGAGACUCUUUCCCGAGAAUAUAGACAUUGGUUCAACCCUCACCCUCGACGCCUCUGGCCCUUUGCCAGAAGGCACCCACAGAGCUCUACACAGCGGAUCAAGUAGGAGCUGUUGGAUGGAUUUCAUUUCUCCAUCUUCUUUAAGGGACAGGUGCACCAUGCCAACAACGGCCAGUGCUGGUCUGGGGUGAGAUUGGGCACAGAACGGUCUCCAAGACAGGGACUAGAGAAAACUAGGUAUGGAAAUGAGAUCUGCAGGAUGUCAACUUUCCAGCCCGGCACAGGGGAGACGCUGUUGGACUCCCUGGUUCCAGCCUUGCUAACUAAACUCAUCUCCUCCUAUGCCACCUGCCUGGGCCCCUCCUGGGACUUUAUCACCGUGCCACACUUUUUGGAACUACUGGUUAGAACCACCAUCACCUCCAUUUUGUUCACCUGGCCCCUUGAAAACACUUCAGUUUGCUAUCAGCCCCCACAACGGUCAUCUUUCCGGAUAAAGCUGGCCUUCAGGAACUUCGCCAGGCCUGGAUUGGGCGUGGAGGACCACCAGGAACUUGUCCUAGGCCAGUUGGUGCUUCCGGAGCCCAACAAGGCCAAGUCAGAUGAUCCUGCUCCACUUCCUAGGCAACACUCGUUAACAAUGCUGGCCCUGGAGCCAGCACCACCACUGCUGGCGGACCUGGGGCCUGCUCUGGAGCCAGAAUCACCUGCAGCCCUGGGUGCACCAGGAUAUCUACAUUCAGCACCAGGACCAGCACCAGGGGAAGGGCCCCCUCCAGGGACAUUGCUGGAGUCACAGUCAGCCCCAGAGUCCCCCUGUCCCUGUCCUGUAAAGAACCAACCCCCUGAGGAGCUGCCUGACAUCACGACUUUCCCUCCCAGGCUGCUGGCAGAGCAGCUGACCCUCAUGGAUGCGGAGCUGUUCAAGAAGGUGGUGCUCUACGAAUGCCUCGGCUGCAUCUGGGGUCAACAAAAGAAGAAGCAGAAUGAGCACGUGGCACCCACAGUUCGUGCCACCAUCGCACACUUCAGCAGGCUCACCAACUGUGUCACCACCUCCUGCCUCGGGGACCACAGCAUGAGGGCCUGCGACAGGGCCAGGGUGGUGGAGCACUGGAUCAAGGUGGCUAGGGAGUGCCUAAGUCUCAACAACUUCUCCUCAGUGCACGCCAUCGUCUCUGCUCUGUGCAGCAACCCAAUACAUCGGCUACACAAGACAUGGGCAGCAGUGACUAGCAAAAGCACAAAAUAUCUAAAAGAACUCUGCGAAAAAGACACUGCAGUAAAGAGGGACCUGCUGAUCAAGGCGGGGAGCUUUAAGAUGGCCACCCAGGAGAGGAACCCCCAGAGAGCCCAGAUGAGGCUGUGGAGGCAGAAGAAGGGCGUGGUCCCCUUCCUGGGGGAUUUUCUGACUGUGUUACAGAGGUUGGAUUCAGCCAUCCCGGAUGAUGUGGAUGGCAACACCAACAAGAGAAGGAAGGAGGUCCGAGUUCUGCAGGAAAUGCAGCUGCUCCAAGUGGCUGCCAUGAAUUACAGGCUUCAGCCUCUUGAGAAAUUUGUCACCUAUUUCCCAAGAAUGGAGCAGUUCAGUGACAAGGAGAGCUGUCCUGCCAGCUGGAGCCCGAAUCACAGUAGGCCAGUAACAUCUUGCAGUGGCUGGGACCCCACCAGGAUGCUGGUCAGAACACUGGCUCUGCAUCAUCCUUCACCUAGACCGUGA